GAGUCGGAACGAAAAACGGUGCACCCGCAGACACCCACAGAAGCAGGGACGAUGGAGAGCCGGAUCCUGUUGGUGCUUGGCUUUGCCAUGGCAGCCUCAGCUUUGUCUCCUACCCAAGAGGAUAUCAGCUACGAGGAGGCCGUUUCAUUGGCUAUCAACCUCUACAACCAAGAGCCAGAGACGGCGUGGGCCUUCCGGCUCCUGAAAGCCAAGCCCCAGCCAGAGUGGGACCCCUCGAUCCAGUCCCUCCAGGAGCUGGAAUUCACCGUGCAGGAGACCACUUGCCCACCUUCGAAGCAUCUGAACCUGGACAGGUGUGACUUCAAGGAUGACGGGGUGGUGAAGGAAUGUUACGGAACCAUCUUUUCGGAGCAGGGAGCUCCUGUCAUCCAGUAUCUGUGUGAAACAGAAGGCGAGGGGCACAUCCGUGUCCGGAGGGGGAUUCGGAAAGUGAUCAGGAAAGUCAAGAAGGGGAUCAUGAGAAUGCUUCCUGGAGGAGGAUCCCCCAUUGCGGGAGGAAAUCAGGGUGAGGCAGAGUACAUAGGAGGCGACAGGGAAUUGAAAACAGUGCACCCGCAGACACCCACAGAAGCAGGGACGAUGGCGAGCCGGAUGCUGCUGGUGCUUGGCUUUGCCAUGGCAGCCGCAGCUUUGUCUCCUACUCAAGAGGAGGUCAGCUACGAGGAGGCUGUUUCGUUGGCCGUCGACCUCUACAACCAAGAGUCAGAGACGGCGUGGGGCUUCCGACUCCUGAAAGCCAAGCCCCAUCCCAAGUGGGACCCCUCAAUCCGGUUCCUCCAGGAGAUGGAAUUCACCAUUCAGGAGACCACCUGCCCACCUUCAGAGCAGCUGAACCUGGACAAGUGUGACUUCAAGGACAACGGGCUGGUGAAGGAAUGUUACGGAACCAUCUUUUCGGAGCAGGGGACGCCCGUCGUCGGGUAUCUGUGUGAAACUGCAGGCAAGCGGCGCAGCCGCGUCAGGAGGAACGUUCGGAAAGUGACAAUCAAGAUAAAGGAUCAAGAACAUGAUUGCACGUGCACCCCGAAACUGCCUCCUGGAGGGGGGUCGUCCAUUGCAAAUGUGCCCUCAGGUGGGGGGCAUAUUGAGUGAAGUACCAGCCUGGGCAGCCGAGGAGGCCGAGUUGUCCCCGGGGCUGGUGGAGGAGCAGGCAAAGAGGCUCUCAGCAUCGUUCCCGUUUCCCGCCACUGAUGCGGCUUGCAGAGGGAAGUCGCUUUCAGAGCGGUUGCUUCAUGCUGUCCGGACCUUGCCAAAGCCCUUCUCCGUUUCCUUCCGUUUCACAUUCUCUCUUCCCAGGAGAUGACUGUGCUCUUUCAGCUCAGGUUUUCUUGAGUUUUUACAGGGACUGGUUUUCUGUGCUGCCUUUCUGCCCAAUUAUUAUUGUUAUUACUAUUAUUAUUUAUUAAAUUUGUGAGUUGUCUCGUCCUGGCCAAUGUUGGCCUUUAGGUGAUGUAUAACAAGAAAUGCACAUAAAAUCAAUAAAGCCAGUGAAUCGAAAA